AUGUCUUCGAAUAUGCUUUCAAGUUGGAUCGAGGGUCAUAAGCUCCAAGCACCAACCAUGCAGGAUGCGCCGGCAUUCUUUCGAAACAUCGAAGAGAAACUCGACGUUCGAAGGGCCAAUCAUUCCUUUUGGAGUGAUACCUGGAAAGAUAGGGAUGCACUGGACUUCUCCUCCAAUGACACUCUUUCUUUAGAUUUUGCCUCUGGAGGAGCCCGCUCACUACCCGACGGAAGGUAUAUCUAUCUAGAGAAAGUCGAGCAGGAAAUUGCAGGCUUCCACGGUGCUGAAUGUGGCCUCAUUCUUGGAUCAGGGUUUGAAGCCAAUGUGGCCAUUUACACAUCUAUACCACAGGCGGGCGAUAUUAUCCUCUACGAUGAAUUGGUUCACGCCAGUGUCCACGAUGGGAUGCAAAAAGGCCGUGCAGACAAGAUCUCCUUUCACCACAACAAUGUUGAGUCAUUUCGAGAGGCGUUACUGUCAGCCUUGGGCCAGCCAUUGAUACAAGAAAAGGAGCGGUCGGUGUUCGUUGCUGUAGAGUCUGUGUACAGUAUGGAAGGAGACAUAUGCCCGCUGAAAGAACUGUUCGAAGCUGCGAAGGAUGUUCUAGACAACGUCUACUUCUUUGUCGAUGAAGCACACGGUACAGGCGUCAUAGGCCCGAACGGUUCUGGACUCGUUAAUGCUCUUGGGCUUGAGAAAGAAGUCGCUGUCCGGCUGCAUACGUUUAGCAAAGUGUUAGGUGCCAAUGGAGCAAUAGUGCUCGGCAAAAAGACAAUCCGAGAUGCACUUAUUACCCUAGCUCGGCCAGUCUUCUUCUCUACUGCGCCGUCAUUUCCGUUUGUGGCUCUAAUCCGAAGCGGUUACAAGCUUUUGAUAUCUGGAGAAACGAAAACUCGCCAGGACCAUGUCCAGCAUCUCGUCAAGAUGUUCUUCAAAAAGAUCACAUCAAAUCCAGCGUACCAAAAAGCUGUCGAAAUGGGCAUCCUCUCAGUGCCUCUUACCGAAGGCUGGAACGAAUGA